CGUCCACCGCGCAUGCGCCGUCGCCAAGCGACGUUGACCGCCGGCCGGCCGACUUGCCACUUGCCAGCGGAGGCUCGACCGACGCGCGCUUCUAUCGAGCCGCGCGAAAAUCUGCUAAAUUUAUCGCGCGGGAAAGCAUGGCCGACCGCGCCGCUGCCAGCGAACACGAGUGCACUUCGGGCUUUUCCGGACCAGGUCGCGAAGGGCGGGCGGCGCGCGCCGGUCCCCCAGGCACCCUGCCUCGCAAUACAACUUAAACCGCACACAUAACAGCACGCUCGGACUGCAUAAUAAUAAAACUGUCAAUUAAAUUAAAAAUUCACUGAAAAACUGUCCCAGUUUGUGCGAUGUGCGUGAUGGAGUGGCUUCAGGCGCUGUAGGGGUUUGGGACUCUGACAUGUGAACCAGCUGAUUCGUCGCGUCACAACAGAUUAAACUCGGAUCAAGAAAGAGGGAGAACACAAAUAAUAUUUACAAUGACGGUGGUGACGAAUCCCGCCCGGACGGGGUCCGACGACGAGAUCGAGUCGGGCCGCGACAGCGCGGCCGGCGACAGCUCCUGCAUCGAGUCCGAGAACGAGAACGCUCGCCUCUACGACGACGAGAAACAGAGCGACAUCGUGUUCGUCGCCGGCAUCAAUGGCGACACCUGGCGCUACCCCGGCCAUCGCCGCGUGCUCGCCGCUACCAGCCCCGUCUUCGCGGCCCUGCUCGCCUGCAAGACGGACGUCAUCGUUGUCGACUACAUCGAUCGCCGCGGCUUCGAACAACUCCUCCGUUACCACUACUGCGAGCCGACGCAGCUCAAUUCCGUGGCGACCGCUCGGUGCGCCCUCGACGCCGCUUACAAAUUCCUUUGUCCACCGCUGGCCGAACGAUGUGCUCGCCGAUUAGACGAAAUGCUGGAUGCUGGCGUAGCUCUAGAAAUACUGCGGGAUCUGCGCUACCUCUGCGCGCGACUCCCUGGUGCUGCCUCGGCUCCACCUUUGCCGGCUCUCACGGAUGACGCAGCCGCACGUUCUCUUGCACAGUGCUCACGUUGGUGCGAUUCUUUAGCGCACAACGCGUUGCUGGUACUCGACGACAAUGCCAAUGCAGCUUUAACCGACGAGCGUCUCGAAGAACUAACGUACGAAGAUCUCGCGUUGAUAGUAAAGCGCGACACUCUUCGCGUAUCGAACGAGUUAGUCCUGGCUGAGGCGCUCUCCCGAUGGGCUACGGCCGCCUGCAAACGAACUAAACGCGAGCUGAUGCCGAGUAACAAGAGGGCAGCGUUAGGCGAGCUAGCUUAUUGCCCACGGUAUUUGCUGCUGCAGGGUGAAGAUUUGGACCGUGCUCUCGCCUUGGAACUGUUGGAGCCAAUGGAGAGAGCUUUGGUGCUGGCUCGAGCACGCAAGCUAUCAGCGCCAGUGCCCGUGGGCGCAGAACAGGAGGGACUGCUGCGGCGGUGGGCGCGGCCGCGGCCUGCGGAGCCCGCUGCGCUGCCCGUGCACUUGAGCCCGCGUUCCCAGCCGGUGCCGGAAGAUCCCCAGCCCAGCAAGCUCUGCGCGCGCCGACCUAAGCGACCAAAGCAACCGAGCUUCGCGCCGGAAGAAAAACGGAAGAAACGCGGUUGCUGCGCCUGCUUCGGUGAAGGUCUCCUCAGGGCGUUCAUAUGCCUUUUCGAUUGAAAUGGCCGGAUAUUUCAAAUCAAUGUGAUGCUGCGUUAUCGAUGUGCUGUUGGUGCGGACCGAAGUGAACUAAGGUGUUAUGAGUGACGUUUUCUUCAAUCCUGACGAAACCAGUCUGACACAGUUCACGUAUUACGAAUGUUAAUGGAAAUGAUAGAAAAUGAGAUAUAUCGAAUCAAUAUUAUUAUGAUAUUUAUGAUAGAUAAUAUGGAAGACUUCGUUAAAGGACUCGUCUGUUUUUGUAUUUUUUUACGAAUUGGACUAAUCUUAAUUCGUAGUUAAAUUUUAUGAACUCCUAUACAGUAAAAUUUAAAAACGGAGGAGUUUAUCAACUGCACGUAUACCAUGUGAAUCGUUUGUUGCGAUUUUGUUUAGUAAAUGCUUUAUUAGGUCGGAAUGCAAUGCUUAGGUCACAAGUUGGCAACUGAAAGUUGUUUGUUUUAUCAUAGUUGAGUCGAUAACGUACACCCGGACGUGUAGACGCAAUUGUUUAAUGAAAACUUAAAAUGAUCGAUGUGGCGGCCCAGCCGCAGUAGAUAUGUCUACGUUUAGCAUCUUUAUGUACUUAUGUGGUAGAUACUUUUGUGUAUUUAAUGUUGUGAUAUCUAUAUGUUACCUAAAUCAAUCUUAUUAUAAUUAUUUUAACGUUACCAAAUUGUAUUGAGUUAGGUGCUUACAUAUCCAAUUGUAAAACAAUUUGCAUUUAAGAGCCUAUUGGAAUCAAUUGAGAAGAUUUGGUGCACAAAUGCUACAUUACUUAGUUUUGUAAGUAGGUACAUUGUUUUUGUUAGCUUAAUUUAAUUUUGUUGCAUUUAUCAACAAAAUUGUGUUAGAUGAUGCUUUUAAAAAGUACCUCUGAAUUAUUUAGUAUUGAAUUGUAAGUAGGAGAUUACUUCCAUAAUUUAAUUAUGAUUAAUGUGCUCCCUAGUCAUUUUUAGGCACACUUGUACUUUAAGUAUAAUAUUAUUUUGAACAAGUUAAAAAUGCGGGCAGAGGUAACGAAGUCCUUAGAUCUUUUACAGUGAAAUUGUCGUUUUCCUCAAGGCUAUUGUUCCUUUGUCCGUAUUUUGUACCAUUUUCCGUUCUCGGAACUUAUACUGCCUUCGAAUAAACGUGUUCUUAUAUUUAAGCAUUUAGAUUUUUCAAUUAUUUAAAUUAAUAUUUUUAGAUUGUGCCAUAGUAUACAAACUUAUGUCGCUAGUGAACUAGAUAGUUUCCAGGACCGCCCAGGGCUAUAUCGAAAACCGAAGUGCGCAAAUAGCCGACAUAUUCCUCUUUUACUGGAGUAAAACCAUUAUUUAUUGGAAUCAAGGUGUAAUUAGAGCGACAGAGCUGCGAAUUUUGGUUUUCGUGAUAGGUCCUCAUCAGACGCAGAGAUUCGUUUCAAGAGUCGCUUUUUAGUGUACAACUUUGUUAGUUCAAUUGGAGUUUUACAGUACAGUUUAAUUUGGUCAUCACACCCGACAUCAAGCGAAAUUUUAAUUUGCGAAUUAGCUGUUACAUCCGGUGUGCGCAUGACAUUAGGCGCUUAGAUAUAAUUAUUUAAACAGAAAUAAUUUAAACCAUUUUUUACAUACAAUUUUACUUCAUCGAGGCACUUUACUAUGCGCACUUCAUUGAUAUUGUGACGAAUGCAAUUAUGUACCUAUUUAAAAAUCUUAUUUUUCUACAUUAGAUUAAACUAUAGGAAUUGUGCAUUUUAGCUUUCUAUUUCAAUUGCAAUAUUAUUAUAAAAGGAAAUGAAUUGCUUGUUUUACUUUCAAAUAAAUUAUGUACAGGGUUUCUGAUGUAUAAUAAAAUUGACAUUUUACAAUCUUCGUAUCGUUUUGAACGAAUCAUAAAUUGAUGCAAAAUAUGUGUAUUAUAAGUAUAAAUGUACCUAUUCUCUGCUCAAUGUAGACUCCACUUCUUUAUGCCCUGAUCUUCUGUUUUAUCUUUCCACUUAUAUUUUAAAAGUUUGCCAUUGUCACUCUUUGCAAUGGAGUAGAACUAAAGUAGAAAUCAAAAGACUUACAGAAACUGAUGAUUUUAUCUGAGCACUACCUGAAAGGUACAGGGGACAAUUCUGACUGCAGGUUAAUUUCGAUUACCUAACUGAAAUGUUUUGCAUGUUAUACUUUAUUAACUUUAGUGACAUAAGAGUCCAGAGGACACGUGUGGCUCAUGUUUUUAGUGAGCGGAUAUGGUACUCUCUCUCUCAUCAUCAUCAUGUAUCAUUAAUAUCAUUAUAUCUUAAUAUAUAAAUAUUUUGAUUAAUUUAAAUGAUUCCCUAGUUAGUAAUAUCCCCUGUACCCGAUAGAGGGAUUAAGGUGUACUCAAUCACCAAUCACUUUAUUCUGACUUAUAAUGACUUAAAUCUUCGACGUAUAUUUCUGUAAUCAUGAGAAACCUUUUAUUAAUAGUUGUUUAGGUGUAACUGUGUAACCGUAGCAACAAUUACCCUAUUUCUGAACUGUUUGCAUUAAACCAGCACAAAAUGAACUAAUUAAUAACUUCAAAUUGGUAUUCAGAAAAUUGUACAGUAAAUUAUAGUUCAAUUUUAUUAGAAAUGACGUAGUAAACCAUAGAUGAAAUAAAAUUAAUAAAUUUAUUGUGCUGGUUUAUGAUCGUCUUUAUACUUAUGUAUUAUACAAUAAAACUUUCUGGUUUCGAUCUUUUUACUAUGUAUAAAAUUAUAAGUGGAUAAAAUAAUUGUGCAGCUAAGAGCUGUAUUUGUAACGACUCCUCCUGAGACUAAAUAUAUAACGUUCAGUCUA